GAUUCCCCGGAAAAAAUCGAAAGAAGAUCAUAAAUGUGACCAAUGCGGUAAAAGUUUUCCAUGGUUAUCCACUUUAACAAGACAUCUAAUCUCUCAUAGAAAAAGUCGACCGUUUUCAUGCGAUAUUUGUAAGAAAACGUACAAACAUAAAUGUGACUUUAAAAAACACAUGAAAAUAGCACAUCCACAGGAACAAACCGCAUCUUCUUCCAAGGCAAGCGUUGAAUAUAUUCAAGAUGUAGAAUAUCACAUUGUAGACAAAGAGCAGAAAGCAUCAAUGGAAAAACCAUCAACGAGUUGUCAAAAAUCUCAAUCAGUAGAAUAUGAAGAAGCUGUUGUGCAAACCCUUAGUAUCAGUUCAGAAAAUAGUGAAAUUAUGAAUAGAGACGAAUAUUUAAACAUGAAAGAACUAGAAGAUUUACCAGAAUUGGAAAUAUUCUCAGAAGUGAUAGUUGAAGGAGUCGAACUAGAAUGUCACAUCUGUCAAGAGAAAUUUGACGACGAAGUAUCUCGUAGAGAACACGAUGCAAAAUUUCAUUAAGUUGAUUAAUCACU